GUGAGACUGUUGACAAUCGCUCGCUGUCCACAGCCGAGUCGCUACAGAAUCGCCCGCGUUACCACCAACUCAAAACACCACUCACCAUGCGUCUCCUAUUUGUGAUAUUCCUUCUCUACGUCGUCUUCGUGUCCGCUGCACCGCAAUCUAAGCUUCAAUUCGGUAACAAUGAAAACAACAAGCAAGUGGUAGAAGAGGUUGUGGUGGAAUCAGUUCUCCAUAUCAAGAGUCAAUCCGGUAAUCGUCAAGCGAGGACUGACGCUAGAACUAACUUGCAAGAUGGCGCCCGAGUCGCGGAAACGAAAAUUUAUUAAUCCAUUAACAUUAUCAUUAUAAUGUAAUUUUCUAACUAGUCAAGUACACAAGAAGAAAUUACGAUUAAGGGAAAAAUAUUUUUAAGAUCAAUCAUCAAUUUAUCAUUUUAAUCAUUAUCGAUUGCAGUCCAAAUCAACCCACUGGUAUAUAAAGCCUAUUCCAAUCGAUAUAGGAAUAAAGAUAAACAAACCUUAGAAUUACGUAUUUCAUGUAAUUUGCUAAUAGCUCGGCUAUAUUGUGCACUACUGAGAGUUUAUAUAUAAUACAACACUAUAACACUUGCCUAACUACUUUAAUUUUACUUCCAAAAUUUCCAAAAUCGACAGUAGUUUUGUCGACGUUCAGAACGCUAUUUUUUCGCAAAUUCAUAGUGAAUAUGUUAUCGCGUCAAUUUGCUAUUAAAUAAACAACUUAUUUAGCUUUUUUCCUGUUAUGGUUCGAAUAGUAUAUAGACACUUUUUCACCAAUUUUGUAACCGCAUCAUUGAGCAGACAUCAAUUUUAAUUAUGUUAAUGGACCAUCAAGCGUCGGACUAAAGGUAAUCUGCCUAUUAAGAUCAUUGCAUCUCUGUACCACCGCUCUGUAAUUGGUUUGGUCCACGCACCGCCCUCGCUUCAGGCCAUGUUUUCAACCCACAUUAAACUCAUGAUACAAAUAAAUAAAUUUAAGAGUUAA